UUCUGAAUUAGUAGAAUCUGUGAUUUCUAAGAGUUUAGGUUUAACCACAGAGCAGCUGAAGGUUUCCCCCAAAUCAAACUGCAUCCGAUAAGCUAGGGCAACAGCCACGAUGUUCUCCAAGUUUCUCUCCACCGCCGUCCGCCGCAAUUUGAUCCAGCAGGCAAUCUUCCGCCGCCUCCCCAAACCUUUCUCAACCGCUGCCGCCGCGGUGGAGCCUCUGGAGGAGGAUUCCAGCGGAGUCACGAUGAAAGGAGUGAAGAUAUCUGGCCGCCCCCUCUACCUCGAUAUGCAGGCGACUUCACCGGUCGAUCCUCGGGUUCUCGACGCCAUGCUCCCCUAUCUGCUCUCCCGCUACGGGAACCCUCACUCCCGCACCCACCUCUACGGCUGGGAAUCUGAGAAAGCCGUCGAGUCGGCGCGGGCGCAGGUGGCGGCGCUGAUCAACGCUUCCCCGAAGGAGAUCAUUUUCACCUCCGGCGCCACCGAAUCCAACAACAUCUCGGUCAAGGGGGUUAUGCACUUCUACAAGGAGAAGAAGCGCCACGUCAUCACCACGCAGACGGAGCACAAGUGCGUGUUGGAUUCGUGCCGCCACUUGCAGCAGGAGGGUUUUGAAAUUACUUAUCUUCCGGUCAAGAGCGACGGGCUCGUUGACUUGGAGAAGCUCCGGGCUGAAAUCCGCCCCGACACCGGGCUAGUCUCGGUGAUGAUGGUGAAUAACGAGAUUGGUGUGAUUCAACCUAUGGAGGAAAUUGGGAAAUUAUGCAAGGAAUUCAAUGUGCCUUUGCAUACUGAUGCGGCGCAGGCUUUGGGGAAGAUUCCAAUUGAUGUGGAUAAGAUGAAUAUAAGUUUGAUGUCGUUGAGUGGGCAUAAGAUUUACGGGCCAAAGGGGAUUGGGGCUUUAUAUAUGAGGAGGCGCCCUAGAAUCCGUGUGGAGCCCCAGAUGAAUGGGGGUGGACAAGAGAGGGGUAUAAGGAGUGGCACAGUCCCGACGCCUUUGGUUGUUGGGUUCGGUGCUGCUUGCGAGCUGGCCAUGAAGGAAAUGGAAUAUGAUGAUAAGAGGAUUAGGGCGCUGCAGGAGCGGAUGUUGAAUGCAAUUAGAGGCAAAUUAGAGGGUGUUGUGGUUAAUGGGAGUGAGGAGAGCCGCUAUCCGGGGAAUCUGAACUUGUCUUUUGCCUUUGUUGAAGGGGAGAGCUUGUUGAUGGGGCUGAAGGAGGUAGCUGUGUCGAGUGGUAGUGCCUGCACGAGUGCGAGUUUGGAGCCAUCCUAUGUGUUAAGGGCGUUGGGAGUGGAUGAAGAUAUGGCACAUACCUCGAUAAGGUAUGGGAUCGGGAGGUUCACAACUGAGGAGGAAAUUGAUAGGGCCGUCGAGCUCACUGUGAGGCAGGUGGAGAAAUUGAGAGAACUGAGCCCUCUUUAUGAGAUGUAUAAGGAUGGCAUUGACAUUAAGAGUAUUCAAUGGUCGCAGCACUGAGGAGUUGAGAUACUAUGGACUUCUCUGAUAGUGAUGAUAAUUUGUAAGAAGCACAUGGAGUUGCAGGCCAAUCAUAUGGAAUGCUCACACAUAACGGUCUUGCAGGAUCUAGCAGGUCUUAAAUCUCUGUACACAUUCAACUUGGAUAUGUAGUUUACUCUUAUGCUAAAUGUGUUACUUGGUGAAUUUGUGUUUUGUGGUUUACUCCAUAACAAUGAACAAAUAAAGUAUCCUUCUAUAAA